AUGGGGCCUUGUGGACGCCUGGUCAUCAUCAGACGGACCGGGAGCGAUGGGGCCCAUUUCCCCCUCUGUCGCAACAGCUGCUGGUUUGGAAGGGGCUUGGACUGUGACAUCCGCAUCCAGCUGCCCGUGGUGUCCCAGCAGCACUGCCGGAUCGACAUUCAGCAGCAGGAGGCACUAUUGAUUAAUUUCAGCACCACUAACCCAACACAAUUAAACGGAGCCCCUGUUAAUGAACCGGUAAAACUCAAACACGGAGACAUAAUAACUAUAAUCGAUCGAUCUUUCAGGUUUGAAUGUGGAGGUCGCUCUGAAGGCAGCCGCGCAGCGGCAUAUCCGGAAGAAGAAGGCGCACAGGAGCUCCUGGGACACGCUGAAGAUGCUGCUGAGUCCGAAAAGCCUUCCUCUGCGAAGAAAAAGGGGAGCAUCGCCCCCCUUGCUGGAGGCCCCCCUUCGUCCUCAGAGACCAAGCCGUACCAGCCGAGGGUGCCCAGCCGGGUACUUUCUGACAUCGAGGGAUGGACUCCGAAAGUUUCUCCAAGGAAACGUAACAUGAGCCUGGGACCCCCUCAAGUCACCUCAUCUCCCAAGGGCAGCGUGGGGAACCCCAUGUCAGAAAUCAGUGAAAAUAAGGAGGAGGAAGUUUCACUCAAGAGACGCAGGGUCUCCUUUGGUGGCCACCUCAGGCCGGAGCUGUUCGAUGAGAACCUGCCACCGAACACCCCGCUCAAACGGGGAGAAGCGCCAGGGAAACGCAAGUCCCUGGGGACCCCAGCUCCAACAGUGCUGAAGAAGGCCGUGAAGUCCCCAGCACCAAGGAAACCAGAGGCUUCUCCCAGUGUCCUUGUGGAAGUGGAGUCGGCAUCCACCUACGAUGUCAGCCAACCACACCGGCUCCACACGCCCCGGAGGAGAAGCAGCAAAGGGUCGGCCAGGCGGAAGUCUGUGGAUAAAAACACCCUGAAAAUCAUUUACCCCAAGAGGAGGAGCGGGACUCCUAAGGGGACGUUUUCCAGGGGCAGGUCAUGGGCAGACAUCGUCAAACUGGGCACCAAGAAGCAGGACACAAAGCUUGUGAAACAGAAUUCCCAGAAGCACAGGAGUAAGAAGCCGAGACAGAAUGCCGCGGUGCAGAAGCCUCCAGACCACGUUGAAAACCCUUUUAGCACGGGCCACGCCAACUCCCCCUGCACCAUUGUCAUCGGGCGCGCGCACAUCGACAGAGUCAGCGCCCCCGCUCGGCCCUACAGGAUGCUAAACCACCUGGUUCUGCACAAAACCAGCAACUUGACUGAAGAUUUUUCAGGGUUGACAGAAAUGUUCAAGACUCCAGGGAAAGAAAAGCCACAGGGAAGCAGCAUGUGCCCCCGCAGCUCCCGAAGCUCAGAGGCAAUCUUUGAAGAAGGAAACUUGAGAGAAAUGCCCCCAAUGCUGGAUGCUCCGCAUAAAGUACCACUUGCAACAAAGCAGGGAGCAGAGGUUGAAGACAUCUCCCAAAAAUCGUCAGAGCACAAACCUGAACCAGGAGCAUCUCUGAUAGCCUUGAAGACGUGGCCACCAGACCCUGCUGGAGGCCUAGCCCGGUGGGAAGACCUGGGCAGCAUGGAAGAUCAGGUGUCCACCGCAAAAUCCCCACGGGAAUCACUAAGUGGUGACCUCCACAGAGAGAUUCAGAGCGUUAGGAAAUGUACGCCCAAAUCUCAAGCAACUCCGCGGACAUCCCCAAGACUGUCAAGAGACCCUAGUACAAGCCCUGCCGCUGUGGAAGACCCGGCCGGUGAGAAAGAGCAAGCAGCAGCCCAGGGAUCAUCACGGAAAUCAGCGAGAGGCGAUACGCAUAGAAAAACUCCCAAACGCACAUCAGUCUCAGGAGGAACACCAAGGAUGUCCCCGAGACCCUUGAGAAGCCUUGGUGUGAGCCCGGAAGUGGUGGGAGAGGUGUCUGAAAUGAAAGGCCAUAUGCAAACACCGGAAAGUGAAGGGCAGCCAGGACAUGAGGAAGAAGUCCCCCUGGAGCUUCAGAAAGCUCCAGGACAGACACCAAGGAUGUCCCUGAGACUGUGCAGAAGCCUGGCUGCGAGCCCAGAGUGUGGGGAAGACCUGUCCGGAGUGAACGAGUGCACGCCAACACCAGGCUCGCCAGUGCAGCCAAAUAAUAAUGCUGUCAGAGUGGCCCAAAGCCCUCCAAAACGCACACCAGAGUCAGGACGAACACCCCGGGUGACCCCGAGACUGCUGAGAAGCCUUGGUGCGAGCCCAAAGGUUGAGGAAGACCUGUCUGAAGCAACAGAUUCUAUGCCAUUCCUGGAAACACCUGGGGAACCAAUAAGUGAUGGAGUGCCCCUAGAGACUCAGAAAACUCCAUUGCAAACACCAAGGUCAGAGCAAACACCAAGGAUGUCCUUGAGACUGUGCAGAAGCCUGGGUGCGAGCCCAGAGUGUGGGGAAGACCUGUCCGGAAUGAAAGAUCGCAUACCAACACCAGAAUCGCCAGUGGAGCCAAAUACUAAUGCUGUCAGAGUGGCCCAAAGCCCUCCAAAACGCACACCAGAGUCAGGACGAACACCCCGGGUGACCCCGAGACUGCUGAGAAGCCUUGGUGCGAGCCCAAAGGUUGAGGAAGACCUGUCAGAAGCAACAGAGCACGUGCCAUCCCUGGAAACACCAGGGGAGCCAACAACUGCUGAUGUCCACUUGGAGAUUAAGAAAACUGGAAAACACCCCCCAAUAUCAGGAGAGACACCGAAGAGGAACCCCAAGAGCGCAAGCCCAGAGGCUGGGGGAGAUCUGGCCACCAUGAGAACGCCUGCGCCCACACCUGGAUCACCAAGGGAGCCGAUAAGUGAUGCAGAAGUACACCCAGAGGCUCGGCAAACUCCAAAACUCACACCCAAAUCAAAAGGGACUCCGAGAAUGUCCUUGAGACGGCAGAGAAGCCUGCGUGCAAGUCCAGAGGUUGGGGAAGACCUGUCCAAAAUAGAUCUCAUGCCCACACCAGAAUCAGCAGGCGAGUCGAAUGGUGAUGUUACUAGAAUGGUUCUGGGAACUCCAAAACCCACACCAGAGUCAGGAGGGACCCCUAGAAUGACCCCUAGACUUGUGAGAAGCCUUGGGGUAAGUCCGGAGGUCACGGAAGACCUGUCUGGCGUAAACGAUCAUCUGCCAGCACUGGAGACACCAGGGGAGCCACUGAGUGAGGAAGAAAUCCCCCUAGAAGUUCAGGAAACGCCAAGGCGCUCAGGGAAAUCGGGAAGAACAAGAAUAUCCCCGCGCCUUCCGAGAAACUCUAGUGCAAGCCCAGAGGUCAUGGAAGACCUGUCCACAAUAAAAGGCCAUGUGCCAACACCACCGUCACCAGGAGAGUCCACUCGUGACGGAGUCCACCUAGAGAUUCAGAAAACCCCAAGACGCAUAGCAAAGUCGGGACCCACGCCAAGGACGUCCCUGCGGCUUCUGAGAAACUCCAGUGCAAGCCUGGAGGCCGCGGAAGACCUGCCUGGAAUGAAGGACUGUACGCCAGCAUUGUCUUCACCGGGGGCGCCGAGUGAUCGGAAAAUGCACAGAGGGAGUCCGCAAACGCCAGAACACGCACCGGGGUCAGGAGGUGCACCACGGGUGUCCUCAAGACUGCUGAGAAGCCUUGGUGGACGCCCAGAAAUGGAGCACUUCCCCGGAAUGGAGGGUCAUCUGCGAGCACCAGAAUCACCAGGGGAAUCUGUUAGUGAGGAAGUCCAUCUAGAGAUUCAGGAUGUUGGGAAAAAUACCCCGAAGCCAAGAGAAAUGUCAAGAAUGUCCCUGAAUGCCCGCAAAGGUGCUAGUGCCAGCCCACAGGUCGUAGAAGACCUGUCCAGAAUGAAGGGAGACAUGCCAACAUCCACAUCGCCAAGGGGGCAGAGUGCUGAUGCUGUGACAAUGGUGCAGAGAACUCCAGCGCUCACCCGCAGGUCAAGAGGGACACCCAGAACGACCCCAAGACAGCUGAGAGACCCUCAUGCAAGCCCAGAGGUUGGGGAGGACCUGUCCAGAAUGAAUGACCACACAGCCGCACUGAAGCCACCAGGAGAGCCAGUAAGUGACAAAGGCACCCACCUUGAGGCUCAGCAAACUCCAAAACCCACACCCAGGUCGGCGAGGACACCCAGAAUGUCCCUGAGACUGCAGAGAAGCCUGGGUGCAAGGUCGGAGGUCGGAGAAGGCCCGCCCCACAUCAGUGGCCAUUUGCCAACACCGCGGUCAGCAGGACAGGCAAUACGCAUCGAAGAAACCCCCCAAGGCACUCGGGAAACUCCAGAGCGCAUGCCAAAGGCAGGCGGACUGCCACGCAUGUCCCCGCAAGUGUCCCCUGGCGCAGGCCCAGAGGCCGUGGGAGACCCAUCCAGCAUAACUGAUGAGAUGCCCACAGCAGAAUUACCAGAGGAGCUCAGUGGUGAUGUGACUAGAAGGGGUCAGAGGACUCCCAAACUCUCACCAAAGUCAGGAGGGACACCCAGGCUGUCCCUGCGACACCCGAGAAGCCUUGCUGCAAGCCCACAGGUUGGGGACGUGGUGUCUGAAACGAGUGCCCCUGCACCAACACCGGUAUCAUCCGAGCACUCAGUCCGUGAUGGAGAAAUCUGCCAAGAGAUUCAGAAAACUCCAAAACGCACGCCCAAGUCAAGAGGGACACCCAGACUGCCGAGAGACCGUCCUGCGGAUCCAGAGUUUGAGGAAGAUCUGCCGAGACAGAAAGGUCACAAGCCAACACCUCAAUCACCUGGGGAGCUAAUAAGUGAUGGAGAAAUCCACCUAGAGGCUCAGCCAGAGCUCACGCCAAUGCCAGGCAACACACCAAGGAUGUCUCUGAGGCUCCGGGGAAGCCUUGGUGGUAGCCCGGAGCUCAGGAAGUCCCUGUCUGAAAUGAACGAUCCCGUGGCAACAGCAGAAUUGGCAGGCGAGUCGAGUGGUGACCCUACUAGAAUAGUGCAGAGAACUCCAAAACUCACACCACAGUCAGGAGCAACCUCCACUCUGCUGAGAAGCCCGUGUGUAAGCUCAGAAUUGGAAGGCCUGCCCAGAAGGAAUGAUCACAUGCCAACACCGGAGCCACCUGCGCAAUCAAUAAGUGAUGGAGAGGUUCACAUGGACAUUCAGAAAACCCCAAGGGACACACCCAAGUCCAGGGGAACACCAAGAAUGUCCCCAAGAGUGUGGGAGGACCCUAAUGCAAACCCAGAGGUGGGGGACAACCUUGCUAGCGUGAGUGAGCAUACGCCAACAUCCAAAGAGCCAGCUGACCCCACAAAACAUGAGCCAGACUCCUUAGCAAGCCCAACGGGCAAGUCACUGCAGAGAUCGUCAUGGAAGAGCGAGCCAGAGCCAAGGGAAACCCUGACGUUGACGCUCUCCCACACUCCACCUGAAACUUUGCAACCCGAACCCCAGGCAGUCGAGAAACUGGGCACCACACCCAGAAAGGGGCCAGAGCGCCUGAGGGGGUUCACAAAGCAGCCCAGAAGUUCUACCAAUCAAUCAGCCCCAGCAGCAGAGCCAGCCACUGUCAAGACCCGCCUGAGAGCCAGAUACCAUCCUUACGACCGGGUGGGAAGCCAGAGAGGCCUGAGGAGUCUUAAGAAAACCCCGAGCACACACCCAGGAGAAGAAAGUGCCGUGUUCCCGAAAGAAGAUGAUGCCGAUCUUAUCGCCACUGCCCAGCGCUCACAAGGACGCCCUCCCAGCAGAGAAGUUCCCGGGGAAGACUCGGGGCUGCAGAGGUUAGCGGACACCUGCGUGGAAGCGAAGGGUAGGCCAGGAGUCAGGGGAGAGCAGGCCACUUCUUCAAGUCUUUGUGAAGAAGAACCCCAGGCUAAUGCCUCUGAAAAAGUGCAGCCCGCGACCAUGGAAGACCAUCGUGUGCCUCAAGGGACAAGGUGCCUCCGCAGGAACAGGAGGGGCAGAGAGCCCCAGGAAUCUGAGCACCCCCCUAAUCAGUCAGAGAACGUGGAAGCAGAGAUGGGUGUAAAGACGGCAGAGCCCAGCGCCCCAGCAAAGCUACGUCAGGGGACAAGGUGCCCCCGCAGAAACAAGAGGGGCGGAGAGCCCCAGGAAUCUGCGCACCCCCCUCAGCAGUCAGAGAACGUGGAACAAAGCCACGUCAGGGGACAAGGUGCCCCCGCAGAAACAAGAGGGGCGGAGAGCCCCAGGAAUCUGAGCACCCCCCUCAGCAGUCAGGGAACGUGGAAGCAGAGACUGAAGUAA